GUGGGAUGUUGUGUUUGUAACAAGGGAUUUAAAGAAUGGAGUCUGACGAGAGAAGGUAUUGUUUAUGUGGUCAAACUUACGAUGCUACAAGAGAUAUGAUCCAGUGUGAUGGCUGCAAAGAGUGGUAUCAUCAAAGUUGCGUCGACCUGCAAGAAUAUCUUGUUCCAUACGUGGACAAGUUUCAUUGUCCUAAGUGCAUCCACAUAGCUGGGCCUUCAGUGUUUAAAGAGCAGACAAACUGGCAUCGACAUGAUCCAACUGAACAGAAUGCCGAUUCGAGACCAGUACAGAGUGGGACAACUGUUUUCAUUGAGGAACUAAAACUGAGACAUUUUCCCAGCUGUGAGGGUAUAAUUGUCACAAUGAAAGGAGAAGAGCUCUCAGUGCCUUAUCUAAAGGAGCAUGGUUUCGACAGACCUAUAAUUAUAAAAGACAAGAAAGGACUUGGAAUGAAGAUACCAGAGAAAUCAAUAUGGGAAGUUGCUAGUUACAUAGACUCAGAGCGAAAAGUUGAUGUGAUUGAUGUUAUCAGACAGACGACCCUCACAAUGCCUUUCAAAACAUUUAUUGACUACUUUUGUUCUCCAUUUAGCAAAAAUCCUUUCAAUUUAAUCAGUUUGGAAAUAUCCGAUACACGUUUGUCAGAACUUGUAGAAGCCCCUACUGUUGCAAGGGAAUUGGAUUGGGUGAACUCUGCAUGGCCAGAGAGAUCAGAGUGUGACAAGCCUGCAGUACAAAAGUAUUGUUUAAUAGGAAUGAGAGACUCGUACACAGAUUUUCAUAUAGAUUUCGGUGGGACUUCUGUAUGGUAUCAUGUAUACAAGGGUCAGAAGAUUUUUUAUCUGAUAAAGCCAACCCCUGCUAACCUGUCACUGUACCAAAGAUGGACAUUAUCUGCCACCCAUAGUGAAAUGUUCUUUGGAGACCAGGUUGACAUGUGCUAUAGGUGCGUUUUGAAUGAAGGUGAAACAAUGUUGAUUCCAACUGGUUGGAUCCAUGCUGUUUUAACGCCCGAGACAUCGUUAGUGUAUGGAGGGAACUUCUUGCAUAGCCUAAAUAUACCAAUGCAGCUCCAAAUAUAUGAGAUGGAGCGAAGAGCACAGACUCCAAACAAAUUUUGCUACCCUGCAUUUGAGACUAUAAACUGGUAUGCUGCUGGUAGCAUUCUUAUGGAAAUGAAAGAACUAAAUAAGCAAGGGAAGAAACUUCCUGAUUAUCUUGCAGUGGGGAUUAAAGCACUUUUACUUCGGUUAAAGCGCUGGUAUCAAGAAAGAGAUGUGGCACAUAAAAUGAGGGAAAAGAUACCAAAUGGCAUUGAUGUCUCAAAAUUAUUUAAAGAACUUAACAAAGAAAUCAGGCUAGCUGAGAGAUAUUUGAUUUCUUUGAAUCCUCCAAAGCCAGAAAGAGAAUCAAAGAGGAAAAAAAAGAAACCUAUUAAUGAUGACUUUGUGGAUUUUUCAUUCUGCCCAAAUUUGGAUGAGUGUAUUGAACCUAAGGACCAUGUAAGACUGACAAUUCGGACAGUACCAAAAUUGCCAUUUCAAAAUAAGAAACCUGUUGGUAUGCAACGGCCACCAUUGAAAUUAACACUGCCAAAACCAGCAAUGUAUCCAUAUAGUAUAAAUAAAUUAGAAAAUUUUCAUAUGGUUGACUCAAUUAAUGCUUCUGAUGAAAUAAAUUCAACUCUGAAUCCAACAUUAAAUGAUAAUGUUGAUACAACAUACAACGGUAGGUUCUUAGGUGAUGAACCUCACCAGUCAAAGACUGAAGGGGAACUGAAAUUAAAAAUAGCAAGAAGUCAAAUUGUUGGUGAAAACAUUGUCUCAUCUGCUGACAGUCUGGUUAAUGAUGCUCUGCAGAAUCAUUCUGAGGAAGAUAAUAUAGAUGCCAUAGGAGGAUCUUCAGUGUAUGAUUUCCAUGAUGAUAGUGAUGAAGAGGAAAUUAUGGCACCUGCAAGUAGUGAUAUUUCAUACCUUCCAAGUGAAAAUGAUACAGAGUCUGACUCGGAUUCAGACAGAUUAAUAAUAAGAGAGCGCAGUUUGCCAAAUAAAAGGAUUGUAGUUAUAUCUAAUGAUUCACCUUUACGGAUGAGGCUUUCAAAUAUGUACAAAAAUGCAGAGGGAGGACAACCAGAAGAUGCUGUGACACCUUCCUCGACUACAGAUGAAGACUCAUUUGAGACCCCGAAAAACGGAAUUGAAGAGUUACUCAAAGCAUCUGGUUAUGCAGAUGAACCACAAGAGCGCAAUGCAAGAUCUGUUGAUAUUGACUCUGGUAGAGCAUCUCCCUCAACAAGAGAGGCGAUUGCAGGUAUGCUGAGUAUUAGUGGAUCCUUUUUAAAUGAAGCUGGCAGCUCUAAAGCAGAUCUUGCACCUAGGUUACAGGGGAAAAAUUCACAGUUAGAUGAAGAAGGCUUGGAAGCAAUGGGGAAAGUCCACCAAGAUGAAGAUUACAUUUACCCAGCAAUUGACACGUCUGAUGACGAAGAUAAUACUUUCAAAUCGAGAGGAAAACGAAACAUGGAUGAAUCAUGGUCUCCUAGGGCAAGAUUAGGCCCAUUGCUUCCAAAGACAGAUAGGCCUUUGAGAGAAGGGACAAAGAAACAGUGUGUUGAAAAAGUUCUUGAGGCCGCAGCUGCCAAGCGGGCAGUUGUACCAGCGAGUGAAACUCCUCCGAAGAGACCCUACAAUAAGAAAAAAGUGAAGUACAGUACUGCGUUAGCUCAGCAGCCAACGAGUACAGUGUCAGCAUUGGGGAUGUUCCCAUCCGCAAGGAAUGGUGAUAUUCAAAAAUAUCGAAAGCCGAAAAAAGGAAUGGCAACAGUAAAGCAACGCCUUGGAAAAAUUUUAAAAAUACAUAGAUUAAAAUUUUGAUGAUAAGUUCCUUCAGUGAUUGCAUGUGUGUGUGGCAAGGAGCUUACAAACUCACUCAAGGUUCAAAUGGUCGUCUGUUCUCUUGUGCGACUGGAUGCGUGCAGAAAGUUAGAAAAUACUUUGUUAUGGUUUAUUACUGUGACUUCAAAAAUCAGUGUUCACCAUACACCAAAAUAUG